AUGAAACGUCAGAAAGCACGCACACAGAAUGACGGUCAAAUUGAUUUGGUGGAUCUCAAAGAACAGUGUGAUGAGUAUGAGUCGAGACUGGUGUCGCGUAUUGUUGAUCCAUCUAAAGUGCAGUGCACCUUUAAAGACGUCCGAGCACCUCCUCUCACUAUCGAAACACUUCAGACACUUAUUAGCUUACCAUUGGUCAGGCCUGAUUUGUUCCAACAUGGAAUCCUGAAACGUAACUUCAUCUCAGGUGUCUUAUUGUUUGGCCCACCCGGAACAGGCAAAACAAUGCUGGCUAAGGCAGUAGCGAAAGAGAGUGGUAGCCGGAUGUUGGAAAUCCAAUCAAGCGACAUUUAUGAUAUGUACGUCGGCGAAGGAGAGAAGAAUGUCAAGGCCAUCUUUUCAUUAGCCCGGAAAUUGGCGCCUUGUGUGGUGUUUAUAGACGAAGUGGAUAGUAUUAUGCGUAAAAGACGAUCCGAUACCAAUUCUGGUCUUCACCGGGAGAUAAUAAAUCAGUUUAUGGUGGAAUGGGAUGGAUUAUCGAGUGACAACCAAGGAGUAAUGGUUAUGGCGGCCACUAACCGGCCAUUUGACCUUGACGACGCUGUGUUACGAAGAAUGCCCCGUCGCGUACUUGUUGAUUUACCAAAGGAAGAUGACCGCGCCGAUAUUCUGCGUAUGCUUUUGCAAGAUGAACAGCACGAUGUGUCGUUAGCGGAGCUUGCCAAGAGAACGGAACACUACUCGGGGUCGGAUCUGAAAAACAUGUGUGUUACGGCAGCUUUGAAGGCAGUACAACAGGAAGUGUUGACAAAGGAAAAGCAAGUCCUGGGGUGGAGUCACUUUGAAGAAGCACUCAAGAUGGUUCCUGCAAGUUCGAGCGAGAAGAUGGAGUCUGUGGUUGAGAUUCGAGAAUGGGCCGCUGUUUAUGGUGAUGGCGACAAGAAGAAGAAGAGACCAAACAUUGGGUUUGCCUAA